CUCAUAGAGAGUGUGUGUUGUUUAAACCAUAGUGUACUCGGUACAAAACCCAGGCAUGCCUCAGUAAUAAUAGUGAUCACUUUCUACAUACCACUAGUUGAACAUCCCGUGUGCCUACACUAACGUCCGCCUCGUCUCUUUCGUCAUUCUGCGCCAUCAUCCCACUCUCUUCCACGCACGUGCCAUUAGGUACCAGCAUCCCGGCGUCACCUUCCAGCAUACCCAGCCAAGGCUUCUACCUACUCCACAUCUCAAGAGAGCACACGCGCUUUGGCGCAAUCCCGGGUGCCACCGUCUUCAGCGCCCCGAACGCCCCAAAGCCCGGAUCCGCACCAGCACCGUCGCCUCGGCCCUCGCCUCUAAACCCGGUCCAGCAGCACGUAUGACAGGCGGCGACCAGCGUCCAGUGGCCACUUCUGACCUUCGUCGACGUCUUUCCAGACCACGCAAACACCAUCCAGCCUCAACUGGCGAAUCCGAUCGUCUCAUCAUCACCAUGGGCCUUUCGUACAAUAUUUAUCUCAACUCGUCACGCAUCUACGGCUGUAAGAACUGCAAGACACACCUCUCCAACCACGAUGACAUCCUCAGCAGAAACUUCCGUGGCCAGCAUGGCAAGGCCUAUCUGUUCGACAGCGUUGUCAAUGUGACUGAGUCUGACCCCAAUGAGCGCAACAUGACUACCGGACGUCAUAUAGUCCGUGACAUUCACUGCCGCCAGUGCAAGGAGACGGUCGGCUGGAAGUACGACAAGGCGUACGAGGCCAGCGAGAAGUACAAGGAAGGCAAAUUUAUCCUCGAGGCGGAGCUCCUAUGCACCGUCACUUGAAGAGGCUACACUACACAGGGCUUGGCGUCUUGGAUGGGCAUUUGCGGAGUUUUGGAUUGGAUAAGGGCAACAUGACUGGGUUUAUACAGAUGGUGGCUUGUUUGCAUUUCGGUUUUAUUUGGUAGCUCUGACUGGCCGUUGCAGGCCGGUCUUAAGUAGCAUGUUAAACUCGCUAGCUUUGUUUCUUACUCCUUUAUCGGCGUACUCGGGC